AUGCAGAAACGGCUGAGGGAGUCUCGGGCCAAGAAGGCAGAGAAGGGAGGUGCCCAACAGGCUGCUGGGAGGCGUUCCAGAGAUGAGGAGGGCCUAGUCUCUGAUGUGCUGGGAAAGAAGAGAGCGCUGGAGGAAGCUCACCGGAGCGUGAUGGGGACAGGGCCGAGGCUUCCUCCCUUUGGUAUGGAUGAUGUUUACGCCGAGGGGGUAGAGAAGGUGGACUUCUCUGGACUGCGUCGGCAGAAGAAGGAGGUGAACCUGGCCAUGCAUCGGCAGGAGGUUCCCUUGGUGAACGUCUUCCUGGAAGGCGUGAAGAGUGACCCAGAGGUUCUGGCGAGGACCCCGGCUACCUCCUAUGCAGAUCGGGCCCAGAAGACGCUCCUGACCCAGGCCUAUGCUUAUGGUGAGAUGUACGUGAAUAUGGCCAAGGCAGAUAAAGAGAUCCAGAGGUUGAAGAGGCGCAAUGAGAUGGCCAAGGAUAAGGUAGCGGAGGCGCAGGAGGCCAUCCGAGAGAAGAACACCCUGGUGCUGCAGAAAGCGGCGAUGGCCAAGGAGAUGGAAGAGCUGAAGCGGUCGAGGGCCGAGGAGGUAGCUGCUGCCCGGGUCGAAGCGAUCGAGUCGUUUCGGGGUUCGGAUGAGCUGAGGAACUACAUCAUGGAUCAGAUGGUGGCGAUGCAGCUGGGUUGGGAGGAGAGGGUGGCGAUGUUCAACCCUUCAGUGGAGAUUAACUUUGACACGAGUGGCGAGCCUCCCUCAUCUAGUCGUACCACUGAUGUCGUUCCAGAGCCAGAGCCAGAGCCAGCCAUUACGGAUGCUCCAUCGACUGAGUCCUGA